AUGAUCUGUUUGCAAGACUAUGAGCGAUAUGGACGGCAAAUGAUUGUGCCUGAAAUGGGUAUAGACGGCCAGAUCAAGAUCAGAAAUACCAAAGUACUGAUUGUGGGAGCGGGUGGAUUAGGAAGUCCAGCAAUCGCGUAUCUUGCGGGCGCAGGAUUUGCUAAAAUCGGUAUCGUUGAUCCAGACGUCGUGGAGACAUCCAACCUGCAUCGUCAGAUUAUCCACGCCCAGGCAAGCGUGGGCACGCCCAAAUGCGAGAGCGCCAAGAAAUUCGUGCUGAACCUCAAUGAUUCAGUAGACGUUCAAACGUAUUACACUGCGUUGUCCCCUCUCAAUGCUGUCGAAAUCAUGAACGACUACGACCUCGUUCUUGACUGCACUGAUUCUCCAAUAUCCCGGUACCUCAUCAACGAUGCUGCGGUUGUAUUGAAAAAACCUCUGAUUUCAGCUUCUGCAUUGAAACUAGAGGGUCAAAUCGCAAUAUACAACUACAAAAAUGGUCCCUGUUAUCGGUGCAUGUUUCCUGUGCCCCCGCCCCCGGAAACAGUAACUGCCUGUGGUGACGGGGGCAUUUUGGGGCCCGUGGUAGGGAUCAUGGGCGUGUUUCAGGCAAUUGAGGCCAUCAAGGUAGCUGCAGAGCUGAUUCAAGACUUCACACCCAGCCUGACUAUUUUCUCGGCUCUUUCGUUCCCGCCUUGGCGUUCAAUGCGAAUCAGAGGAAAAAAGCCGACAUGCAUUGCUUGUGGAGAAAACCCAACCAUCACACUGGCCAACCUGGGAGAAACAGACUACCAAGGAUUCUGUGGCAGUGCAAAUAUUGAUCCAAUCGAGGAUUCGUUGCGGAUUUCUCCAUCUGAUCUCCCUUCAGAUGUUCAACUAAUUGAUGUUCGCCCCAGAGUGCAGUUUGAUAUAUGCCAUCUUGAACACUCGAUGCACAUCCCCUUGAAAACUCUACAAAAAGCCAAGUCUCUAGAUGAACUUGGACUACAGCAAGACGUUCCCAUUGUCACCGUGUGCCGCUACGGGAACGACUCUCAGGCUGCCGUCCGCCAUCUGCAGGCUGCAAGCCUACAGCAAAACCGUUGA